GGGGGGCUGAGCGGCGCCCCGCGGAAGAGAGUCGGGCGCCCGCGAGUGCGGCGGAGCCCGGGCCGGGGCGGGCAGAGUGCGAAGGCGGGGCGGAGCCGAACAUCCCCCGCCGCCGCCGCCACCGCCGCUCCUGUCCUCCGUCGCCUGUUCCUGCCGGGCUCGGACGGCGCCUUUGGCCGGGGCGCCCGCGCUCGCUGGCAGGCAGGCAGGCAGACCGACCGACCUCGACCGGGCAGGGCCGUCGCCGGAUCACUCGGCUGUAUUUCUUCAACUGUUGUAAAGGAAAACUUUUUGAGCUGGAAUCCCUCAAAUAACCUCAAAGAUGAAGGCAGCAGAUGAGCCUGCCUACCUGACAGAGGGGACGGAUGUCAGUGCCAAGUACCGGGGUGCCUUCUGUGAGGCAAAAAUCAAGACGGUGAAAAGGCUGGUGAAAGUUAAGGUAAUCUUAAAGCAAGAUAAUUCAACACAAUUAGUGCAAGAUGACCAAGUGAAAGGACCUUUAAGGGCUGGUGCAAUUGUUGAAACCAGGAUGCCUGAUGGAUCCUUUCAAGAAGCCACCAUCAGUAAACUGACAGACGCCAGCUGGUAUACUGUAGUCUUUGAUGAUGGUGACGAGAGGACGUUGCGAAGGACAUCGUUGUGUUUGAAGGGAGAGAGGCACUUCGCAGAAAGUGAGACGCUUGACCAACUGCCACUAACAAACCCAGAGCACUUUGGAACACCAGUGAUUGGGAAGAAAUCCAACCGAGGAAGGAGAUCCUCUCUCCCUGUUAAUGAAGAUGAAAAAGAGGAAGAAAGUAGCGAGGAGGAGGAGGAUGAUAAGCGGCGUCUUACUGAUGAAUUGCUUGGUAAAGUUGUCAGUGUGACACCCAGUUCCGAAGAGGCAGAGUGGUAUCCAGCUUUGGUCUUAUCCCCCAGCUGCAGUGAUGACAUUUCAGUGAAAAAGGACCAGUGUUUAGUUCGAUCUUUCGCAGAUUCCAAAUUUUAUUCAGUAGCAAGAAAAGAGAUUGAGGAAUUAGACAUCCUAAAUGUUACAAAACAAGAGUUGUCUACUAGAAAAGGGUUACAAGAGGCAAGCUCCUUCUUCAGUCUGAGAAUUAUACCGGUGAAUUGGAAGAUGGAUAUGCGUGAAAUCUUGGAAUCCUCCAGCAGUGAUGAAGAAGAUGGCGCCGAAGCAGAGAGUGAUGAUGAAGUGGAAGAAAAAGGGGAACAGAAAGAAGAGGAAGUAGUGCCUGAGGAAGAGCUUGAUCCUGAAGAGAGGGACAAUUUCCUCCAACAGCUUUACAAGUUUAUGGAAGACAGAGGAACUCCUAUCAAUAAACCACCUGUUCUGGGCUAUAAGGAUCUUAACCUCUUCAAACUUUUCAGACUGGUCUAUCAGCAGGGUGGGUGUGACAACAUUGAUAGUGGAGCUGUAUGGAAGCAAAUUUAUAUGGACCUUGGUAUUCCUAUUUUGAACUCAGCUGCUUCCUACAAUGUAAAAACUGCUUAUAGAAAGUAUCUUUAUGGUUUUGAAGAAUAUUGCCGCUCUGCAAACAUUCAGUUUAGAACCAUUCACCACAAUGAACCAAAAACAAUAGAAGUGCAACAGAAAACAGAAGCGCCAAUGGAGGAAAGUGUAAAAGAAGAGCCAGAGAUGUCUCCUGUGGAGGUUCAGAACGAGGUGCAAGAAAAUGACUGUAGCAGCGAAAGCGAAAAGGAAGAGAUUGAACAGAUGUCUCCAAGGGGACGAAGGAGACUUGUCCGGGAUGUCACAGCUACUAAAAAGGAAGGUGAAGAUGAUAAAAUGCAGGACAAGCUAAAAGACAGCAACAAAGAGAACAAAGACAUUGAAGACAUGUCCAAUAAUGCAGAAAAGAGGGAAAACGAGGUGGCACCUGGAAGCAGAAAGACCACACCAAAGCAAAAGGAAAAGAAAGCAAAACAGGAAGAAGAAUCUGACAGGGAGUCGGAGGAGGAGGAGGAGAGAAGGGACGAACUUGAAAACCAGGGAGAAUCAGGAGAAGAGGGCGAAGAAGAUGCAGAACCUUGUCUAACAGGAACCAAAGUGAAAGUAAAAUAUGGUCGUGGAAAAACUCAGAAAAUUUAUGAAGCCAGCAUUAAAAGUACAGAAAAUGAUGAUGGAGAGCUUUUGUAUUUGGUGCAUUACUAUGGCUGGAAUGUAAGGUAUGACGAAUGGGUAAAAGCUGAUAGGAUUAUCUGGCCGGCAGAGAAGGGAGGCCCAAAGAAGAAGCAAAAGAAAAAAGCAAAAAGUAAAGAAGACUGUGAAAAAGAUGAAAAGAAAGAAGAGGAAAAGCAAAAGGCGAAACGUGGACGCCCUCCUCUGAAGUCUGCGCUCCUUUCGAAUCUGUCCUGCGGCCUGCCCAAAACGCCUCACGGGGAAGGCAAGCCAGGGAUCCGCAGUGCACGCAGCAGCCUGCCAGAUUGCUCGCUCUUGCCCAAUGGGACAGAAGGUAUGCCUCGCAGGCAGACAAGGCGUAGCUCAGGCGUAUUGGAUUCUGACAGGGGGUCAAAUGACUCGGUUUCAUCAGACAGUGAUGCAGAAGAAGUUUCUGAAAAGAAUGAAGAGUUUUUUCUGGUCAAUUCAGAACUGGAAAAAGAUGAGAAGCUAACUGUUGAAAAAGCUGGUGAAGAGAACUCAAAGAUUUCACAUGUGCUGAAAGAGAAUGAUAGGAAUCAAGCUCACCCUUUAGAAGUGUUGAAACUAGAAGUUGAAGAGAAUGAACAAGUAGUUCAGAUUUUUGGAAGCAAAAGUGACCAAGUGGAAGAACUCAAGAGAGAGAUGGAAAAAUCGCCUAAAGGGAAAGGAAGAAGGAACAGGACAAGAGAUUUGUCACUAGAGAGUGUAAAGAUUGCGCAGCUAAACCAGGAAGAGGCAAUAGGUGAACAUCAUACGGAAGCUGAAAGAUUAGAUGCACCUCCCUUGGAUAGUAAAGGCCAGACCCCCUCCCCUGAGAGUGAAACAGAACCUUGUGCAAAAGAUAAGAAACUUUCAAAACGGAAAACGGUGGAACAGCCAUCACCUGAUAAACGGAUGCGAUUGGAAGGUGAGAUGGAUGUGCCAAAUAUCAUGACUGAGGGGAGGACAAAUGAAUGUUCUGGGACAGAAGAAUGUAAAGGUUUCAGUGGCAGUGACUCCCUGCGAAAUGAGAAUGAGGAAAUGCCAUCUUUAGUGGCAGAAUCAGAUCAAUGCCUUCAAGCUCGGGGAGGCGAGCAUUUUGAUUGCUCUUCGGAGGAAAAUCACAGCACACCACUGAAAGAUGAAGAUGAUUCUAUGCCUCAGAUUGGGCCAGAAACACUCCUUUGUCAUGAAGUGGAUCUGGAUGACCCUGAUGAAAAGGACAAAAGCGGAUCUGAAACCUUGGUAGCAGAAAAACAGGACACUAGUAAUCUCGGGGCAAACCCGCCUGCCUUACCUUCUGUGGUUCAGCCAAACUUCUCUGUGGCCUCACCUCUGACCCUCAGUCAGGAUGAAUCGCGAAGCAUAAAAAGUGAGAGUGACAUCACCAUUGAGGUGGACAGCGUGGCUGAAGAGUCUCAGGAAGGUCUCUGCGAGAGCGAGUCCGCCAAUGGGUUUGAGGCGUGUACCACAUCCAGCAAUUGUAGCACAGCCCUCCCCGACAGGGAGCCUGGAGAGAAGGGUCAAAAACGGUCUGGGGACAACAGUAGCAGCUCAGUGGCAAAGAAGCAAAAGCGUGCUCCAAAACGAGCAAGCACUGUAGCCAAAAAUGAGAAAAAUGGGACAGGGCAAAGCAGUGAUAGCGAAGAUCUUCCUGCUCUGGACAGCUCGAGCAAAUGUACUUCAGUGAAACACCUUGGCAUGUCCAAGCCACAGAAGCUCACUCGAUCACCUGCCAGAGUGAUAUCCCCAAACAUCAAAGAUGGGGAGAAGGACAAGCAGAGAGAGAAGAACAAUCAGAACGUUUCUCCACGAGUGUACAAAUGGAGUGUCCAGCUCAAUGAACUGGACAACAUGAGUAGCACAGAGAGGAUCUCCUUUCUACAAGAAAAACUUCAGGAAAUCAGGAAAUAUUAUAUGUCUCUAAAGUCUGAAGUAGCCACCAUAGACAGGAGAAGAAAAAGAUUGAAAAAGAAAGACCGAGAAGUGACCCAUCCAGGAGCUUCCAUGUCCUCCGCUUCCUCCGACACUGGAAUGAGCCCGUCGUCGUCCUCUCCUCCACAGAACGUGCUGGCUGUGGAGUGCAGGUGAUGCUGGUCUCCUCUGCCGUGUUCAGCACAUGGCUGUCAUGGACAGAACUCCUGAAAUACCAUAGAAAGCACUCGGCUGGUUUGACAUUGCCAAGUAUGUUCUGUGUACUCUUCCACUGCUGGACUGUGUCUUCCCCCUCUCCUCCUCGCAUCCCUCCCUCCAUUUUGUCAUUGUGGAUUUUUAAACAUGCUUUUUAUUAAGAAAAUUAAGCUAAUUGGCAACGGAAGGUUUGUGGGUGCACGAGGACACCUCUGUCUUUGUGCUUAUUGUUUUUGUGUGUGUUUUUGGUUAAAACAGAAAAAGGGCACUUAAUCAAAUUUGGAAACCUGAAUAUCCAAUGAAGCAUUUGCGGGUUUAUAAGGAUUUUUUUUUUAAGGAAUAAGCAAAGAACAAGUGCACCAAACUGGCAUCGAAUAAGUUCACCUGAAAAGAGCUACUGCUGCACUUUUUUCACCAAACGGUAUCUUAAUCCUAAAUGAGAGUCCCAUUUUUGUUUAUUUUUGGAGAAGCACUUGCUAUACAGACCUGCCAAAGUGUGUAUUCAGCAAUGUGCCCAAUUUUAAAGGUGUAAAUUGGACAAAAUAAAUUGUGAAAGGAAGUGUAGUUGACUGGAAACUACCGUUGUAAUGAGUCUUCCACUUUUUAUAGGAUUUUUGAGCACAUGAUUAUGCAAAUAUUUUAAUGUUUAAUGUUUACAGUGGAAUUGUGAAUAGGUUUUCAGUGGACUAUCUUAUCCCUUGACAAAGGUAUUUUGUCUUUUUUUUCUAUGUAUUUCAGAGUUUUUAUUUUGUUACAAAAAGGCAAAAAAAUAAAAUAUAUAACAAUGAAGUUAUUUAACAAGAUUUCUAAAGGUGAAUUUUUGUGUAAAAUAAGGUAUCUUGCAACUUGUUAAAUAUAUUUAUUCAGACAUUGGAUGUUGUAUUUUUAUGUAUUUUUUAAAAAAAUAAUAAAAUUGGGGAGAAAAAGUCUAAGUUAGGUUCACUCUUUCAAGAAAAUAUGCCUGUCACUUAGGAAAAAAAAUACAGGUGGCAGUAUGUGCUAGCCAGUCCUGUAUACGAAGUGGGUUUUGUCUGUUCAACCUUUCACAGUGUAAACUGUAAUCUGGCAUCUGGAUUAAACUAUAAUCUUUCUUGAAAACUUUGGCAGUCCUAGUACUUUUGUUGCUUUUGAGGAACAGAUUUUCUUGGGUUGCCCUUCCAAUGCUUUUUGUCACACCCUUUCAUUUUCUGUAGUGCUGAAAUUAGUCUUCUAUUAUCUGCCAAAGUUGAGUUGUAUCAUCAAAGAGUUAAGCUAACUGCUUUGGCUGUGGAUUGUCCCACAGACUGAAAACAGUUUGUAAAUAACUUUCCCAAAACCAUGUAUUUAAGGCGGUUUGCAUAUACAUUGUGUAUAAAGUGAUUUUUUAUUCAUUUUUUAAAUUCACCUUUGUACAUUGAAAAGGGGUUUUCUGCCAUUUUUCCUUGUUAAUACGGUAAAGAGUUAUAACAGAUUCUCUAGACUUGUCCAGAUAUUAAAAUCCACAAAAUCCAAAGGUCUCAGGAGAGACUGGUAAAGGGGUUGUGGAGCUAAAAUUGGGUGUCUCCCACUGUUCAUUUUACCACUUUGUUGUCAACUUGUGAUUCCAAUUCCUUCCAUUUUCACAGAGAACUAAAGGAAAAAGUACUCUUGUAAAAAUGCACUUUUUCUGUCUUUUUCUUAAGCAGAGCUAUUUCAAUGUAUGAUAAAAAUGAAGCUCAAUGGAGAGCAUUAAUAAAGGUUAUGUUUUUAAA